AUGGUGCCGAGAGCCGCGUUGGCGGCCCGCAAGACUAGCAGGAGCGCCAGGUCGCCAGCUCUGUGUGUAGCAGGUGGGUGGGACUUCCUCAACGGUUACUCGCAGCCCUUCAGGCAGGACUUGAACCCUUACGGGAAGCAAUGUGCAUUGUUACAGUCAUUACAAACAAUGAUAAUCAUAUGUGUGACCAGGAGGUCUCGAGUUACGGUGGUGACGGGUUCAACUCUUGAUGGUGGCGGGUUUUCUCCACCACUGAAAUGGCUGGGCAGAACCCAACCGCAGCAUAAGAAAUCUAGGCACGCGAAGGCCGCAAGCAAGCGCUCGUCAGGACGACGCGGCGGCGGCGCCCCCGCGGGUCGCAGCGAGACCGCAUACGACGCUGGCGUCGCGACACCGCCGCCGCCGCCGCCUCCUCCUCCUAUGCAUUUAUGGAUGGAGCACCGUCAAAGGCGUGACGCACACGCCGUCGAGGGCACCAGCACCACCACCGACACCGCCGCCUCCGAGUUGGACGCGCUGGUGCCGGCGCCGCCGGGUCGCUGCUGCCCCAGCGGGCUGCUGCGGCCGCAGAAGGCGCCGUGCGCCGACUGGCCCCAGCACGCGCCGCUACGCUGCGCCCAGGGCUACUACCGCCUCGAGCCCGGCAAGUACGAGGAGGACCGCUUCCGCGUCGACGACGCCGGCCGCCUGCUCUUCGGCGAGGGACGCGACCCGGUCGAGCCAUCUGACUUCUGCCUGGGCACGGUGGUGCUGUCGGACAACGAGACGGAGGACACGGCGCUGGUGUGCUUCCACCCGAUGGAGGACUGGACGCCCUACCCGCGCACGCGCAACCUCGUCAACGGCGUGUGCCUGAGCGUGUCGGUGGCCUUCCUCGUCGUCACGCUGCUGGUGUACGCGGCGCUGCCCGAGCUGCACGACCUGGACGGGCGCGUCAUCAUGAGCUACCUGGCGUCGCUCGCCAUCGCCGACCUGGUGCUCGCCGUGCUGCAGUUCCACGGCCACCACCUGUCGCACGUGGCCUGCGUCACGCAAGCCUUCUUCCUAUACUUCUGGCUCUUGGCCGCGUUCUUCUGGAUGAACACCGUGUGCUUCAACGUAUGGCGCCGAACAAUCUGCUUACGCCUGCCGCUCUCGGAGCGAAACCUGUUCACGGUGUACGUCCUGUACGGCUUCGGGCUGCCCCUCCUUCUUCUCGUCGUGGCCAUCUUCACCGAGCACUUUCCCGGAAGUCAUUUGCGGCCUCAAUUCGGCGUCACCAAGUGCUGGUUUGAAGAGGAGAUGGCUUCGUGGGCCUACUUCUACGGCCCCGUUGCGGUGCUGCUGGCCUGCAACAUGGUAUUCUUCAUAUGGAGCGUCUGGUCGCUGUGGCACGACUACACUCACAUCCAAGUUGACACUAAAUUGCGCUCUCUGCGAUGCAAGUGUUGUCUUUAUCUGAAGCUGGCAGUGCUGAUGGGCAUCUCGUGGAUUUUUGAAAUAAUUUCCUUUAUUGCUGGAGACUGGCCAUUCUUCACGUACGUGACGGACGUGCUCAACAGCCUGCAAGGGCUGCUCAUCUUCGUGCUGCUGGUGGCGACGCGGCGGCGCGUGCUGCGGCUGCUGGUGAAACGGCGGCCGUACGGGCUGGCGCCGCCCGAGCGCUGGGCCGAGGGCCCCGACGACGAGUCCGAGGCCAUGCUGCCCGAGGAGGAGCCCGCGCAGCUGGGCGGGUCGCCGCUGCCGCGCAUGCCCUGCCCCGCCGACGCCAGCGAGCGCGCGGGCGCCGCCGCCGCCUCCAGGGGCUGACGCGACACGCCCCGACACUCCACGCCACGAGCUGACCGCCACCCGUCCCUCCAGGGGACGUACGACCGACUCUUCGGGGGAGCUGGGCUGCCCACGCAACUAGCCACCGAUUCUCCACAUGCCUCCAGGAAAUGAGUCUCGUACCCUCCAUUGGAUAAUCUGCCAACGCGUCUUCCAGCUGCCAACUCUCCAGAGAAAUGGCCAACAUCCCUCUCGCAAAUAGCUAUCCAAUGAAAUGAGCUCCGACCCGUCCAUUCUCCAGUCGACGAACCAAGCCUCCAUGGAAAGGGAACACAGUAGAUAUAGUGUCGUCCCAUGGUUGAGCUGCCGACACACCCAACCACCAGUCGACCAGGCACCAUCUCUCCAAGGGAAGAGCCACCCGUCCUCCAUGUGCUACGGAGAUGCCACGAGUUUAACUGCCCAUCAUUCAAUCGACUAGAAACCAACUCUGCAAGGAAAGAGCCACUCCAGGGAUGAACGCUCGCUCCAACCACUCCAUGGAGGGCACUCCAGGAGCUCAACAAGCCUAUCAACCAGAUGACGAGCUACUAAUCUUCCUGGACAUCAGUCGCCCACCUUUCUGGGAAAGAAUGGCUGUCCUUCCAGGGCAUGAACACCUGACCAGAAGGCGAACCGGCGGUUCUCGAGAGGUCGGGACACCGGUUCUGUGGAACGUGGCUCUGAACGUGGUUCUGAAGAACGACCGGGGAUUAGGCGCGGAGGUUCAGUUCCGGCGCAUCAAAACCACCAGCGGCUUCUGGGAGUGGAUCGUCGGCGGUCCGCGAGUGGGUGGUUCUGUGACACAUCGUUUCGGAUGGUCUGAAGGUCCUAUCUAUCGCAGACACAGUGCAGCGCUAAUUCCUCAGGCCUACCGUCCCCGCGACCCCUUGGCAUCACUGGAAGAGAGGAACCGCUCCUCCAGGUCAUUCAAGGGAAGGGCAAUCCUUAUUCCUUGAGCUUCACCGUUCAUAAAGGCAUUAAUAUCAGUGCUUUCUAGGUACCUAUUACUAUUAACUUCUGGGCCAGCCCCAUUUCCUCAGUGAAGCAGCUCGUGUGGAAACAAACUUCACAGGUGAUCUUUACAAGUGACGUAUGUUAGUGUCUCGAAUCAAAUUAUCGUCUCUCGGGCAGAUUAGACAAUGGGAGACGAUACAACGAAAUCAAGUGUCUUCUAAAAGGACGCUAACGUAUACCAAAGAGUGCGAAUCUUAAAACUUUCUAACAUAAACUAGGUGCCGUAGUGCGGUGCGGACAGGUAACACAGGACGCUAAGUGGUCAAACAACACCAUAAACAGCCGGCGGGAAGUGUUAUAAAUUAAUUAAUAACAGUUCAUGCACCUGUCCGUGCUGUUGCAAUGAAUGUGCUGACGGUACAUGCUAUUUUUUUACUAAUCUAAUAACAUGUGAACAUUUCAAAUACAUCUUUUUUACAAAAGUAAA